AUGGACUCAGCAGAGGCCAUCCCAGGUUUCGCAGUGGAAACCAUUUUCCGGGAUCUAAGAAAGACUUCGGACUCCCUCCCAACACUUAGCUUGCCUUGGUUGCGGCGCAAACACCGCUGCCGCCACAAGAACAUCUCCGCCUCCCCUCCUGAGGCUCAGCAAGGUGCCACCAUGGGUUCACAGGUGAGUCGGCCCGACGCCGCUGUGGUCUCACCGCCGGGUCGCCCCGACGCCGCCACAGACGAACCGGCUGGUCGUUCUGAAGGCACCACAGCUUCUGCCAGGGAGAUGACUUUUUCCUCCUUUCACCUGCUUCUGUUCCGUUUUCCGCCCCCCAAGAAAACAUCUCUGUGCCAGCCCUUUUACAGGAAGACGCAGCAGUUUCUGCUGCAGAGGAUCCGGCUGAACGGGUUCUGCCUGCGAGGGUGCGACGGUCGCUGGUUCUCCAGUCAGUGCUCCAGAGUCUGGCAAGGAGGAGGUCCCGGUGGACUCGCCUCCCGUUUGCUCUCCAGGGUCCUGCGAGGAGGGGGUCUGGGUGGAUCCGCCUCCAGCCUGCGCUCCAGUGUCCUUCGAGGUGGGGGUCCUGCUUCGUCGCCGGGGCCGUCCUCCGGGAUGCCCGGCAGACAUCCUGCCACACCGGGGCCUGCCUCUGCGCCACCGGAACUACUCUGUUUGGACUCUUGGUUCUCCAGUGUUUUUAACAAGUAACUUUUUCCUACCCUGACUGGACAGUACUG